AAGCGCGCCGCUUGAUGACUGCCUCCAGAGAGCGCAGUCUUCUGUCGUCUGCUAGCGAAGGCUCUCUCCGUUAAGACGCUACCGCCUUCAGGUGAUUGCACGAAGUAGAUGACACUAUAGCUACCCUCGGCCGACGACCAUCCUCAAUCCACCACGCCUUGCGGAACACCGGUGAGAGCAUCCAUCUCCUGCAGCAGAGUCUACGGAGGUCACCAUGGAUAGGGAAGCCAUCUAUGACACUGACGAUCAGGCUUACGGCCACCCAGUCCACUACGGCCAAGGCACUGAUGUCACGCCGAAGCAGAAGAAAGUGCGCAAGGACUGCUUUGAGGCACUCUGGCACAACGUCGAUCGCGACCUGCUCAUCUCAAAGACCUUCUACUUCUUCUUCUUCUCGGCGUUUGGUUCCCUCUUCCCACUGCUCGCCAUCUACUUUAAACAGCUCGGCAUGAACCCGAUCCAGGCAGGCACCCUGAUCGGCAUUCGACCACUCAUCGAGUUCGUCGGUGCACCGCUCUGGGGUCGCCUCGCUGACAAGUUUAGCCGCCGCAAGCUGGUGUGCCUCUUCUCGCUCUUCUGCUGGGUCGCCUUCACACUGGCGAUCUCUUUCAUCACGCCGCCGCCAGCCUCCUGCCUCUACUACAGCAACGUGACGCACAAGUACCUCGAGGAACCCUACGUGCCGAUCGAGAAGCGAGAUGUUCGCUUCACCUCGCGCCUCGAAGACGACGAACUGCGCGCGCUGUGGAAUCACCUCGACGCCACCAUGACAACGGAGAUGACGACUGACGCGGCGCCCGACUACGACGAUGACGACGACUUGGAGGUUGAGCUGCAAAACGCUGGCGAUGGCGUGCGCCGCAGACGCGCGAUCAUCGAGAUGCGGACGCAGCGACCGCGCUUCCCGCAGGGUCAUGUGAUCGGCAAGUCGCCGGAGCGCAUCGACGAGAACCGCGUCGUCAACUACGACACGCGCACCGAGGGCAGCCUCGUGAAGCCGCCGUUCAGCACGAUCGUGUACCGCGAGCGCGACGUGCGCGAGGUCUUCUGGCUGCUGCUGUUGCUUAUUGUCGUUGGCGAGUUCUUCUGUGCGCCGGCGAUCACGCUCGCCGACACGGCGACGCUCACCGUUCUCGGCGACGACGUGGAGCUGUACGGCCGGCAGCGCAUGUUCGGAUCGCUCGGCUGGGGCGUCGCCAUGUUCGUCAUCGGCAUCGUGCUCGACAACUCGCUGGCGUUCGCCGACCACCCGUGCGGCGAGCGCGAGAUCGGCGAGAAGAACUACACCAUCUGCUUCGCCGUCUUCUCGGUGCUGAUGAGCUGCGCGUUCUUGACGGCGACUCAGUUCAGGUUCAGCUGCGAGGGCGACGCCGUCGACAACCUGCCGAUGAGCGUGCUGCAGUCGGGCCAGACGUUCCCGCGGCACGAGCACGAGGCGCCACCGCAGCUCUCCGUCACGAACGAGAACGCCGACUACCCGCAGCAUCCCAGCGAUGCCGUCAGUGAUGCGGUGUCGGCGAGAGCGAGCCACCAGCAGGCGGCGCCAGCGGAUGAGCCGCACGUCUGGUUGACCGUGCUGAAGACGUUCUGCUCGGCGCACUACAUCGCAAUCCUCUACGUCGUCUGGUUCAUGGGCUUCGGCAACGGUCUCGUCUUCACGUUCCUCUUCUGGCACCUGCAGGACCUCGGCGGCACACCGUCGUUGUUCGGCAUCGCGUCCGUCAUCAACCACGUGUCUGAGAUCUUCGCCUACUUCUUCAGCGUUCGUCUCAUCCGCAGCAUCGGCCACCUGCGCGUGCUCUACCUCGGUCUGACCAUCAACAUCGCCCGCUUCCUCUACAUCUCCUGGCUGAAGAAUCCCUGGUGGGUGCUGCCAUUCGAACUAGCGCAAGGUAUAACGCACGCCUGUGUGUGGGGAGCCAUCUGUUCCUACAUCACGCAGGCUGUGCCACCCAACCAUCGUCCUUCGGCGCAGGGUAUCCUUCAAGGGCUGCAUCAUGCUCUCGGUAGAGCCUGCGGUGCGAUCAUAGGCGGCAUGCUGGCAACUCGAUUCGGCACACAGAUCACGUUUCGCGGCUACGGCUUCGCCAGCCUCAUCGUGCUGGUCGCUUUCGCUGCGCUAUUCUUCUUCGUGAAAGACCGUGGUCACAUGUCGCAUGGCGGCAAGGGCGGUCAUGAAAUCCUGGAGGAGGCGACGGUGCUGGCACCUUGCGGUGUGCCGAUGAAUCCAAUGUCCCGCAACCUAUCCAGUUCGAAGCUCGCCGAGGCGGAGAGCACGUACCAGAGCUACGGCGCCGUGGACGGUGACAUGGGCGAUUACCUUACUCCGGCGCUGGCACCCGCUGUUAAGAACGGCAACCUUUCACCUCAGCGAGGAAACAGAGGUAAUCCCGGGCCGAACGAGAACAAGCAGACGAUACGCAUUGCCGGGAACAUCCCAGCUAAGACAUCACCGCACCAUCCACAAGCGCAGCAGUUCCAACAGAGCAGCGAUCCUAGCGACCCCUGGUAGCCGCAAACCGCAAACCUGCGUAGUUGCCGAUUCUGCUUAGAAAUUCAUGAUUCUAUAACAUAAUUAUACGCUAUCAUGGUAUGGUCCUUUUGUAUAUAUAUAUACAUACAGGAUCUCUCGCGAAUAGCAAAUAAUUUUUCGUUUGUACAUGAUAAGCUGGCGAAUCAUGGCAUAACACUUAGGUAACAGCAGAAUGUGUGUGAACUAGUGUUGUGCAUGACGGCUGAUGUAUUCUCACGGGACUGUUAUCCCACCGUGAUGUAUUCCUACCGUGGAACAGACGGCCGCCAUGUAUUUCCACAGAGCUAUAUUCCCGCCGCCACGCAUCCCUGUGUGGCUUGUCGAUGUUAUUACACACAUACCGAAGAGAAUUAAAUGGUGGCUUCCUUAGUUAUACACGUGCCCGCAUCAGGCAUACACAGAGUUGAUAUUAUGUAUUGGUGUAAGAUGUGCAAUGCGUGUUCUUGCUAUAUACAAAAUGCGCAUGCAGUGUUCAAGGCUGGAAGGUGAAACGUCGUGAGCAAUAACGAUUAUAUGGCAUGUGACGUAAAUAUAUUUAUAUAUCAUCAAAUAGAGUACUCAUCUCGGAAAUGAGCUAUUGUCCUAACAUCGCUCCUGUCAUAUCCCAAAUCCCAUCGCUAUAUUCCACCCAUCUUCCACCAUAUCGCAACCCACUUGUGUAUUACCUUAGCACCUUGUCAAUUUGAUUCCAUCUGCCAGAUUCCAUCCAACAUCCUUGCCUCGACACUUCGUUCCCACCCACCUAAAUACCCGCUUCACUCUGACCCAGCCAUCUCUAUGUUCCGUUUCCAUAUUCAUCUUUCUCACUUUCACCACUAAUAUGGCCACACCCGACAAGUUUUUAGAAUCCACUGUAGCUGUGGCAGUGCUUUGUCACAGGUUGUGCGCGUGUCGUAGAACAAUAGAAAUUCGUAUCACGUAAGGUAUUAUUAUUUACCCUCGUCGGCUGCUUAAGUCCAGUCUGUGACGUACGACACGUGAAUCGUGAUUGGGGGAGCCGCGGUAUCCUGAUCAUGGUGAUACGUUUUACGCGCUGUAGUCUUUCACGAUACAUUAUGUUGCAUUUGUAGUGCUCAUCUCUGAGAUAGGAAUGCAUCUACAGUUCUAUGCAUGAACGCGUACACGAUAAGUAAUAAUUGUGUAUGUAAUUCGUACAUUGCUCAUGUGGCACUGUUUUCCUCUGUACAUUAUUCUACUGCUAAACCACGAUGACAGGCAACGAACGACUUAGGUCAUCCAUAAAGCUGCUAUGUAGUACAGUGUGUAUGUAUGUAUGCAAUAAUUAAUAGAGGCAGUGUGCCUGUAGCGUCGCUCUAUGUCCAGUGUUAUUGUAAGCAAUAAGCCCCCCUGGUGAUAGUUUUGUAGUGUAUAGUACUUCAUUAAAUAGUAAAAUUGCAACGAUGCCAAUUAGUGUAGUACGUAAACAGCAGCAAUGCAACAAGAGUAUAAAAUGACGUGAGCACGUCUAGUUAUUUGACUGUUCGUUUAUUUCAUUAUUUGUUUUUUUGUUGCCUUCGAUAGUGUAUAAUGUACGAUGAGACAGAAAGAGUAAAAAAUAAAAAAACCCAGUUAACUAUA